AUGUCGAAAUGGGCAAAGCAGUACGGCGGCAUCUUUUCUCUUAAACGCUUCCGCAAUACCACCAUCGUCAUCACCGACUGGAAACUCAUGAAGGGGCUGGUAGACAAGAAGAGUAUCAACUUCAGUCACCGUCCUCCGUCCAAGGUAGCCGAUCUCAUAACUCACGGGGACCACAUCCUCAUGAUGCAGUACGGUGAGACAUGGCGCACAAUGCGCAAGCUCAUUCACCAAUAUCUCAUGGAAUCCCAGUGCGAGAAGGAGCACUGGAAGCUGCAAGAGGCGGAGGCGGCUCAGAUGUUGUAUGAUUUUCUGGUGGAUCCAGAGAACCAUAUGAUGCAUCCGAAGCGGUACAGUAACAGUAUUACUAUGUCGCUGGUGUUUGGAAUUCGCACAAAGAGUGUCAAGGAUGAAUAUAUGACGCGGCUGUACAGUCUCAUGGAGAAAUGGUCCCUCGUGCUCGAGACUGGAGCCACCCCUCCUGUCGAUUCCUGGCCCUUGCUUCAGUGGAUCCCAGAAAGAUUCACGGGCUACUGGCGGCAACGAGCGACCGAGGUGGGUGAUCUGAUGACCGGAUUAUACACGGAGGUGCUACACGUCAUUGAGAACCGGCGAAAGGCAGGGAUCUAUAAGGACUCCUUCAUGGACCGGGUCCUGGAUAAGCAGGUCAAAAACCAGUUUGGUGAGCACCAGCUGGCAUUCCUUGGAGGGACAUUGAUGGAAGGUGGAUCGGAUACCUCCUCGUCAUUGAUCCUAGCUAUUGUACAAGCGAUGACUCAAUACCCUGAAGUUCAGAAAAGAGCGCACGCUGAGAUCGACUCUGUGAUUGGUACGGAUCGUUCCCCGGCCUGGUCUGACUUCCGUAAACUCCCUUACAUCAACAUGAUGAUCAAGGAGGCACACCGCUGGCGGCCUGUCCUUCCACUGGGUGUCGUCCACGGAUUGGCGGAAGACGACUCGUACAAUGGAAUGCAUCUGCCCAAGCACUCCACCAUCAUCCUCAAUGUGUGGGGCAUGCACAUGGACCCCGACCGAUUCGAAAACCCUGAAGACUUCAUCCCGGACCGCUAUGCGAACUUCCCAGAGCUGGCGCCGCACUAUGCCGCGGCGGCGGACGGCGCUGCGCGGGAUCACUUUGGCUACGGCGCUGGCCGCCGCAUCUGUCCCGGCAUCCAUCUUGCGGAGCGGAAUCUGUUCAUCGCCGUGGCGAAGCUGCUAUGGGCGUUCGAGUUCAAGAAGAAUCCGGCCGGUAGAAGUGACGUGAGUGCGGAGACCGGUAGCAGUCAGGGAUUUAUGCACUGCGUAAAGGAUUACGAUGCACUCAUUACUGUCCGGGGGGAGGAGAGAAGACAAACAAUUUUCCGGGAGUUGGAGCAGUCGCAAAAGGUUUUUGGGAGGUACGAUUGAUCGACCGACAAGAUUUGUGACAUCCAGAUGGAGGAUUUAGAUAUAGAGAGACCCACAAGACGUUUAGCCCCAUGGGCCAAUCACCCGAUCCAACCCGUAUCGUAGAUCCAGACUUUCUUUAAAUAUGAUUCAAGCUA